ACGUGUACAAAACAACAAUGAAAAGGCCCUCCCCUAAAAAAUUCCAGAAGAAAUUAAAAUUCAGUUAUACACGAUCAUCCCUUCAAACUCCUCUUGAUCUGAAUGUAAGCGACAGAUUUUAAAGAAAAAAUACAUUUGUGUGAGAAAGUUUAUUUUUGGUUAUGGAAGGGAAGCUGGUUGAGAGGUUAGAGGCCGCGGUGGCGCGGCUGGAGGCUCUUGCUGCCGGAGGAGGAAUUUCGGCCAGGGGGUUACCGGAUAGUGGCGGUGAUGACAUGUCUUCGGAUCCGUCUAUUGUUGCGUUUGAAGAUCUGAUGGAUCAAUUUGCGGCGAAGGUUUCCGGUGCUGCGGAGAAGAUUGGAGGUCAAGUGUUGGAUGUGAGUAAGUUGCUUCUCGAGGCAUUUUCAGUGGAAAAGAAGCUUCUUAUGGAGAUCAAGCAAACUCAGAAACCUGAUAUGGCAGGGCUGGCUGAAUUUCUCAAACCAUUAAAUGAGGUGAUCAUGAAGGUUAAUUCUAUGGCAGAAGCGAGGGGUUCUGAGUUUAUCAACCACUUUAAGAGUGCUGCGGAGAGUCUUUCAGCUUUAGCAUGGAUUGCUUACACUGGGAAAGAUUGUGGUAUGAGCAUGCCUAUUGCACAUGUGGAAGAAAGUUGGCAAGCGGCUGAAUUUUACAACAACAAGGUUCUUGUGGAGUACAAAACUAAAGAUCCAAACCAUGUUGAGUGGGCAAAAGCAUUGAAGGAGCUGUAUUUACCAGGUCUGAGAGGUUAUGUCAAAAGUCAUUAUCCUCUUGGACCAGUAUGGAAUGCUUCUGGUAAAAAGGUAUCUGCUGCUCCAUCCAAAGCUCCUCCAUCAGGUGCCCCUGCACCUCCUUGUCCUCCACCUGCUUCUCAUUUCACCUCAGAACCUUCUAAAGCUUCUUCAUCACAACCAAAACAAGGGAUGUCAGCUGUUUUUCAAGAACUCAGUUCCGGGAAUGUCACUGCCGGCCUGAGGAAGGUUACUGAUGAUAUGAAGGCGAAGAACCGUACUGAUAGAACAGGCGUUGUUAGCACCGGCGAAAAGCAAACAAGUUCCACACCCUCUACUACUACCCCCACUAUCAAAAAAGUCGCACCACCAAAACUAGAGCUGCAAAUGGGUCGUAAGUGGGCUGUUGAGAAUCACAUAGGAAACAAGAACUUAGUUAUUGAUGAUUGUGAUGCCAAACAAUCUGUGUAUGUUUUUGGAUGCAAGGAUUCCGUUUUGCAGAUUCAGGGGAAAGUUAACAAUAUAACACUUGACAAAUGCACUAAGAUGGGAGUGUUAUUUAAGGAUGUUGUGGCCGCUUUUGAGAUAGUAAAUUGCAAUGGCGUUGAGGCACAAUGUCAGGGUUCGGCUCCAACAAUUUCAGUGGACAACACAUCCGGAGCUCAGUUGUACUUGAGCAAAGAUUCUUUAGAAGCAGCUAUAACGACAGCAAAGUCAAUUGACAUCAAUGUAUUAGUACCUGGUGCUACCUCUGAUGCUGACUGGGCGGAGCAUCCAUUGCCACAACAGUAUAUCCAUGUAUAUAAGAAUGGCCAAUUUGAAACUAGUCCAGUCUCUCACUCAGGAGCUUAAGUAAGACUUAACUUUAAAAUCCACAAUUUUUAGCCCUUUUUUUCUUCUAAUUUUUACUUCAAUUCUUUUAUUUCUUUGGACAAUGAUUAUGAUCUCUUUUUCUACCCUUUGAUCAAUUUAUGAUACAUAUCAAUCGGUCAUUAUUUGUUUUUUUUUUUAUUCCUUCAGUUUAAUAAAAAAAACAAUUUUUUUAUUCUCUUUCAA